AAGGACAGAAUUGUUACACACAAACGAGGGUAGGUAUGGGUGGACUCUGACAAGGACAGAAUUGUUACACAAACGAGGGUAGAUAUGGGUGGACUCAGAAGGACGGAAUUCUUACACACAAACGAGGGUAGGUAUGGGUGGACUCGGGACAAGGACAGAAUUGUUACACAGACGAGGGUGGGUAUGGGUGGACUCGGACAAGGACGGAAUUCUUACACACAAACGAGGGCCAUGUGAGAUUUUCCACAACCCCUUAGUGUAUGACAGUAUUACAGUCAAAGAUGCCACAAAGAUAGAUGCUAACCACCUGGUUGUAGUUUACAAGCGUCUCAAAGACAAUGAUGUACAGCGCAGAAUCAUCCAGGGCCCAACAGUGUUUGUUCCUGAGGCUGAAGAAUGGCUUCAUCAAUUUUCCUGGCAUGGUUGUGAUGCAUCUGACAAGACGAGAAUGAUCCCAGGGCACAAUAAGUUUACUCAGCUGGCUGUAAUCCCGGAACAGUUCUACUAUAAUGUUCGGGAUGUAAGGACAGUUGAUGAUACCAUGAUAACAGUCAAACUCAUGAUAUUCUAUGACCUGAAAGAAAUACUCAAAAUGCUUGAUAAAACUCAUGAUCCGGUGGCGGAUAUGAUAAAUGCUGUAUGCGCUGACGUGAUUACUUUCUCUGGCAAGAACACAUUUGAAGACUUUCUGAAAAAUACUCAUAAACUGAGUGAGUUGUCCUCUUUCCCACAACUCACACAGAGAGCAGAGAAGAUAGGCUACGAUAUACAGAAGGUUGUCUUUCGGGGCUACCACGCAAACGACCGUCUUCAGUUGAUGCAGAGUUCAGCCAUUGAGUCCAGGACACAGUUGAGAUUGAAUACAGAAAUCGAAGAAAUGAAACAACGCCUCCAGAACUUUAAAUUAUCCAAGGAACAAGCUCGCACAAAGCUUA